CAGCGAGGGGUUUCACCAGAGUUUUGGCCUUUUCGGCUGCUUCGGAGGAUAAAACGGAAGAUGGAACGAAUCGACACGACACGACAAACGCUCUCCACAUCUCAGCCAAAUCUCUCCCUUCUCCCUUCUCCCUUCUCCCUUCUCUUAUUUAAAUCUCUUCAAAAGACACUAGUUUCGGUUUUCCGGUGGCCUUGAUCCGAAUACGUCUGCCGUAGCCGGAGCUUUGCCGCCGACCCCGUCUGCUGUGUUCAAUAAAGCCAGAUCUGAUCUGAGUGUUUUUGCAGCGGUUGAACGAUUCGGAAGAGGAUACCCAUUAUCAGAUAACAAAGAGUUGGAAGUUUUUCCUGCCCAGAUGCCAUCUUUUGAAAUAUAGUGGGGAAAAUAUCGUAUUGAACCCAGAAGAUUAGAUUGGUUCUGCUGUUCUAUUCUUCUUCGAUCUGGAAUGGAAGAAUAAGAUCCAAAUCUUGUAGUUUCGUGAGCAGAUUGAUGGGGAACUGUUUUGCCAUUGAAGAAAAGGAACAAGUGACUAACGACACAGUUGCUGGAUGCCAAGCCACAACUACAUCCCCAACGAAGCCAGACAGACCAGUGCCAAGCAUUACGGUGAUUCCCAAAAAUGUCAAAGACCUACUUCUGAAUCCUGGAUACCAUAACGCUGUCAUCUUUACAUAUAACGAGUUGAAAUUGGCUACCAAGAACUUCCGAUCAGAUCAAGUUAUUGGUGAGGGUGGGUUCGGAAUCGUCUACAAAGGACUUAUAGAUGAAAACAUCAGACCAGGUUUCAAAACCGCACAAGUUGCUAUUAAAGUGCUUAACCCAGAGGGGCUCCAAGGCGACAGAGAAUGGCUGGCAGAGGUCAACUAUCUUGGACAACUCAGUCACCCAAAUCUUGUCAAACUUGUUGGAUACUGCUGUGAGGAUGAGCACAGGCUGUUGGUCUAUGAAUAUAUGGCCCGCGGGAGCCUGGAGAGGCAACUUUUUCAAAGGGUUUGUGCAUCAAUGACUUGGUCCACUAGAAUGAAGAUGGCUUUAGGUGCAGCAAAAGGACUAGCUUUUCUACAUGGAGCAGAAAGAUCUAUAAUAUACCGCGACUUCAAGACAUCGAAUAUCUUACUGGAUUCCGAUUAUAAUGCUAAGCUCUCAGAUUUUGGGCUUGCAAAGGAUGGACCAAUGGGAGACCAGACUCAUGUGUCAACCCGAGUGAUGGGUACUUAUGGAUAUGCUGCUCCAGAGUACGUGAUGACUGGCCACCUAACAGCUCGAAGUGAUGUAUAUGGCUAUGGGGUUGUGCUCCUUGAGUUGCUCAUUGGUAGGAGAGCGAUGGAUAAAAGCAGGCCAAGCCAGGAACACAACCUGGUCGAGUGGGCACGCCCACUGUUGAACCAUAACAAGAAGUUGCUGAGGAUAUUGGACCCCAGAAUUGAAGGUCAAUACUCUGUAGAGGCUGCUCAGAAGGUAGCCAAUUUGGCUUACCAUUGCCUUAGUCAAAACCCUAAGGGGAGGCCUAGCAUGAGUCAGGUGGUCGAGAUACUUGAAAUGUUUCAAGUUGCAGGUGAGAAUCGGGAAGAUGUUCUAGUGCAGAGUGGAGGCAGACCUGUAACCCUGUAUGAGGUCCCGAAGAGUAAACCUGACAACAAAUAUGCAAGAAAAACAGAAGGUGAAACAGAACCCAAAUUGCGGCACAAGCAAAGAGAGGAAUUAUUUAAUAGCAAGAACAAUAGUGAUCCCCCUACUGAGUGUGAUUUGAACUGCUCUUCCCCAAAUUUUCAGACCCGGGAGAGAAUAUCACGUUCUAGAAGAACUGUGAGAAAAUCAAUGGACAGGGCUGACCUGUACAAGUGAGAACCAAGUCUAUCAAAUUAAGUAGUUUCUUUUACUUA